AUGCACAGCAAUGUAGAGCUGGUGGAGCACACUAUACAUGAAAGUGAAUUAUUGGAUACGAGACGCUCACUACUGGGCUCUCGUCAUAUUGGCUGUACUCGCGGCGAGGACUGGUCUGUCAUACAAAUGUCUGUCCCUCUGAUGUCUGUCCCUCUGUUCGGAACCGGAAUUCACAUUUUGACACUUCACUUCCACACCACAGCCACACCACUCAGACUGCACUCACUCCUCAAAGACACUAAUCUCAGACUCUCAUUGAUGACAUCCAACUCAAACAACUCGACCGCAGACUCUCCCUGUUGUUCGUCAACCGGAGGCACCGAUAGUCGCAAUCAUACGACUAAUGCCACAAAUAAUACAAAUAUGAACUUAAAUUCAAACGAUGAGACCAACCAUUUGCAGCCAACUGUCCAACAGUCCAAUACUCCGUUAUCUCCAUCCACUUCAUCAGUCUGUGCGCUAACCACUCCUUACGACUCGCGACUCAUAUCAGGCUAUCCCAGACUCGGAGGCUUUUAUGGCUCCUCUUAUUCCGAACAGAACUCCUUUUAUACCUCCGGAACCAAUCCUUUCUACUCUUCGUUUGUGAGCUAUCCCAGACUCGGAGGCUUUUAUGGCUCCUCUUAUUCCGAACAGAACUCCUUUUAUACCUCCGGAACCAAUCCUUUCUACUCUUCGUUUGGAAACCCCUAUGACUUAAAAGACCAGAACGGGAACGGGUGGGGAGCGUUGCCUCAAACCACGUGCUAUCCCUAUGAGCCUACAAUAUACAGCCCGUACGGGGAAAGGUAUAAUGCAAUGGACAGCGCGACCAGACGUAAGAACGCCACCCGAGAGACGACUAAUACACUGAAAGCCUGGCUCUACGAACACCGCAAGAAUCCCUAUCCCACGAAAGGCGAGAAAAUAAUGCUCGCAAUCAUCACGAAAAUGACAUUAACUCAAGUCUCGACGUGGUUUGCAAACGCUCGAAGACGUCUGAAAAAGGAGAAUAAGAUGACGUGGGAGCCCAGGAAUAAGAGCACUGAUGGACACGACUCGGAUGAUAAAGACUCAAUCUUAUGA